AUGCGGUUUUCAUGCUCCUACAGCAGCAGAAAGAGGUACGCACUAACCAUUUUUUUUGCAGAUGCAGCCCAUUGUGAAAAGUGUCCAGAUGACCAGUAUUCGAAUAAGAAGCGGGAUCAGUGUAUUCCCAAAAGCAUAAGCUUCUUAUCCUAUGAAGAAUCAUUGGGACUCAUCCUGAGUUUCUUUGCCAUUGCUUUGUCCCUAACCACUGCCUUUAUUCUGGGAAUCUUCAUUAAACACCAAGAAACUCCCAUAGUCAAAGCCAACAACCGUGAACUCACCUAUGUUCUCCUGGUUUCUCUCCUGUUUUCUUUCUUGACCUCCCUUCUAUUCAUCGGUCGCCCCAUGAAAAUGACCUGUCUCCUUCGACAAACCAUUUUCAGUAUUGUUUUCUCUGUUGCCGUAUCUUCUUUGCUGGCCAAGACUGUAAUGGUGGUGGUGGCCUUCCUGGCUACAAAGCCAGGAAGCAGGAUGAGGAAAUGGCUGGGGAAGGGUCUGGCCCACUCGAUUGUUUUAUCCUGCUCUGGUAUUCAAGUAGGCAUCUGUAUGACAUGGCUGGGAAUCUUUCCCUCAUUCCCAGAUUCUGACUUUCAUUCCCAGCCAGAACACAUCCUGCUGCAGUGCAACGAAGGUUCAGUGACCAUGUUCUACACUGCCCUUGGCUACAUGGGUUUUCUUGCUGCCAUCUGUUUCUUGGUGGCAUUUCUGGCUCGAAAUCUGCCAGGGACCUUCAAUGAAGCCAAACUGAUCACCUUCAGCAUCUUGGUUUUUUGUAGUGUAUGGAUCUCCUUUGUGCCCGGCUACCUGAGCACCAAAGGGAAAUACAUGGUGGCUGUGCAGAUCUUCUCCAUAUUGGCCUCCAGCCUAGGUUUAUUGGGUUGUAUUUUUGUUCCCAAGUGCUACAUUAUUACACUGAGACCUGACAUAAACACCAAGGAACAUCUGAUGAUGAAAUCUCAUUAA